GACUAGCGAGCUUGGUCUGUCUGGGAGCCUUGGAGUGCUCCGUUCAUUGCUAGGGUCAGAAGUUGGCCCUGUGUUUGUUCAAUAAGAUGAAAGAAAACUGAGGGCGAGCGCCGAGCGGAGAGAAGUGCAUUCCGCCAGCGGGCAUGGAAAUGAGUGGUCGGGGCUGCGUGCAAAAGCCCUAGGUGUGCGGACCGAGGGGAGCCGGCGAGAAGGUUACCACAGGUCGGGAAUAAAUAACCAGCAGGCGGAGGAUCCCACAUCCCGCCCUGCCUUUUGUUGGGGCACAGGCAUGGAUGGGAAGAAAUGCAGCGUGUGGAUGUUCCUCCCUCUUGUGUUUACUCUGUUUACCUCUGCUGGGCUGUGGAUAGUGUACUUUAUAGCUGUGGAAGAUGACAAAAUUUUGCCAUUAAAUUCAGCUGAAAGGAAAUUCGGUGGGAAGCGUGCUCCCUACAUCAGUAUUGCAGGCGAUGACCCUCCUGCGAGCUGUGUGUUUAGUCAGGUUAUGAACAUGGCUGCGUUCCUAGCCCUCGUGGUAGCCGUUCUGCGCUUCAUACAGUUGAAACCAAAGGUUUUAAACCCGUGGCUGAAUAUUAGUGGACUGGUGGCGCUGUGUCUGUCUUCCUUCGGAAUGACCUUACUUGGUAAUUUUCAGCUCAAAAAUGAUGAAGAAAUCCAUAACGUGGGAACGUCCUUGACCUUUGGGUUUGGCACGUUGACCUGCUGGAUACAGGCCGCCUUGACCCUCAAGGUCAACAUCAAGAACGAAGGGCGGAAAGCCGGGAUUCCACGAGUCAUUCUGUCAGCAGCCAUCACGCUCUGUGUCGUCCUCUACUUCAUCCUCAUGGCCCAAGACAUCCACAUGUAUGCAGCUAGGGUCCAGUGGGGCCUGGUCAUGUGCUUCCUGUCCUAUUUUGGGACCUUUGCCGUGGAGUUCCGACACUACCGCUAUGAAAUCGUGUGUUCUGAGUACCAGGAGAACUUCCUGAGCUUCUCAGAAAGUCUGUCAGAAGCUUCUGAGUAUCAAACCGACCAGGUGUGACCAUCAGGUGGUCAGGUUGUCCUUGAGGUGAGGUGGGUGUGACAACAGGGGAAGAGCCAGAAGGACACACUCACAGGACUUGAUGCAACCUCAUGACACAUUUCCCACAAGCGUGCGUGUGCAUGCAUGCACACACACAUACACACACACACACACACACGAGUCACACACACACAUUCAUGGACACAUUUGCCAAAUGAGCUUUUCAGGGCGAGUUAUUUCUUAAGUGAAAAAGCACAAGCCCUCAUGUGUCGAGAUACAAGCUGUCACACUGACAAUCCCUGCACGACAGAGCCAGAAGCCUGUGCAUGAUCCCGUCCGUCCCUGCCCUCCCGGUAUGCUUUGGUCUUUUCACCCUCUUCACAUGUUUCAAACCUGGUUUCUCCCUACAACAGAGUAGGGCAGGCCAAAUGUAACAUGAGAAUAAUGCCAACUCCCUAAGUUGCCUUCAGGUCCAAAGGGCUUGGAAUGAGUCUGUGAGGAAGUUGUGAAUCUGGUACUAAUACUCGUGAAUGGACAACUGAGCAUCGUCUGACUGGAUGGACGCUGUAUUGGAGAUGAGAACCCCGUGCAGGCUGUGAAAGGCACGGACAGAACUUCCCCCCGGGGCCCCUUUGCCGCUGCUCAGUGGUCGGCUCUAUGAAAAGAAGGAUGCAGCAAAGUAUGAGCUAGAAGGAAACCCACUACCACCAUUAUCUGGACUGGAUUCACUCCACCUGAGAAUUACCUCCAAAUGUGAAUAUUCAUGGGCCACAUGGUCUGCCAGGCAUGGCACAAGAUGGGGGAAGUUUUAAUUUUUAGUUUCCGCAGGGUGUCAUGGAUGGUUUUUGUUGUAUAAUGGUUGGCCUUUUUUUUUUUUUUUUUUAAGAAAACAGAAAUAUCAUGGCUCUCUGUAGGUUUUAUGGAAAAAGAAGUCUACCACAGGCAGAGAAACCCAAAUAAACCUGCACCUCUGGAGGUGAUUAAAAACUACGAGGCACCUAGGAGAGGACAGUUUCAGCAUCUUGCUGCAAGUCCUGAUCAGUAGUGACUCUUUAAAUCUGUUUCUACUGCUCAAAUUUAGGAGUUUUGGGAUUAAGCACUUUUCAAAUUUUACAUCUAUAGAACCUAUUUUAAAAACAUCCUCUUCUGAAGUGGGGCGUGGUGGCACACUCCUUUAAUCCCAGCACUUGGGAGACAGAGGUAGGAGGAUCAAUUGUGAGUUCGAGGCCACCCUGAGACUACGUAGUGAAGUCCAGGUCAGCCUGAGCUACAGUGAGACCCUUCCUCCAAAAACAACAACAACAACAAAAAUCCAACAUUGGCACAAAUGAUCUACCUGCCAAGAGCUCAGGCGUCAGGCCGUAGGUGAGGGGGUUCAGGGCUGUGCUUCACAAAGAACAGAAUUCCAAGCCCCAAGUGUAGGCACAUGGGCCAUGUAUAUGUAAAUAUGGACUCCUCUCUCACAAGCUCCAUUUCAAGAAAUCCCCAAACUUACUUCCUAGGGGCCAUGGAUAUCCUGGAAUGUAAUGUGAAAAACGCUGUUUUUAAACUCAACCCAAAGUUUGAGCUUCCCCAGGAGGGUCAGAUGUCUUUUAUCUGUGCAUUUCUCUCCUCUUCCAGAACAGUGCCCAGCACGUUAGGUGUUCAGAAGUGUCUGCUGAAUAGAAUGACUGAUUCAGAGUGGGGGGAAAGGAAAUCAGAGAGAUUUAAAAAUGAGUGAGAGAGUCAAAAGCAACUAACUAGAACAGAAAAAAGAGAAUCAAUGGUGGGCAGAAUAUGGAGUAAGAAUACCUAAAGAUGAAUGUAAGAAAGAGAAUCAAGGAAUAGGAUUCUCUUAUUUAAAAAGCAUCUCAUUGUAAAUAGUUCAAGGUGACAUUAGUUUUGAAUACUACUUUUGAGUUUCUGUCUUUUUUCAUUUUUAUAUUUUAAAGAUUUUAUCAGAGAACAAAGAUUUAUGAAACUUUAUUUUACACAAUCCAAAUUAAACAGCUUUUGGUGAUGCACUGUACACCUUCUAAGAAAAAAAUAACAGCACCUCUGAGCAGAAUCAAGCAAUGACUAGCAUUAUUCAUCGGGAUAUGGCCACUAAAUAAAAUUGGUUUAUGCAGAA